CAACACCUCGACUCCCACGACCUCCACGUCCUCGUCGCCCUUCUCUUCUCAUCCCAUUGGAGUGAUCCGCGUCUCUUUAACGACGGGAACCCGUCUUCUCGGCCACUUAAUCUCUUAGUUAUUCGCGAUUGACGAUAGCCCAUCGACCGUGUCCUAGCCACCAUGGGCAAAAUCAACCUCACAGCACUGCGGGUGCGCAAGACUGCGCUCGACCAGUUCGCGAGUGGAAAGAUUAACAAGCUUCCUCAAUGGGUUGACGUCGUUGGCGAGAUUCCUCCCUCCGAGACCCUCAUCCGCAAUCCACCCCCUCAACACCAGCUGGUCCGACAACGGAUGAAGACCGUUGCGGGAUCAUCGAAGCCGCAGGUCGUUUUCGAGGUCCAGGAGAAGCGCCGGAAGUCCAAGAAGCCCAGUCGGCUGUUCCAACCGCUGGAACUCAAGUACGAGGAAGAUGAGCUACGACAAGACUUCUUCCGGGAUCACCCUUGGGAGCUUGCUCGGCCUCGCGUGCUGCUUGAGAGCACCGGCAAGGACCACGAAAACUACGACUGGAGCCGGAUAAAGCAGCCUGGAAAGAGACUGGAUGGCGAAAGUGUCGUCCAACGUCAGCUUUGGCUUCUGAACAAUGUACCCGAUAUGACCAAGAGCAACGCAUACGAUACCGCACGUCGAGAAUUCUAUCGCCUGCGACUACAGGAGGACAUCGAACGUCGGGUUGCUGCUGAGGAGGCCGAGGCCACCGGUGCCAACUUCGGUCCUUCGUACCUGGAGAUCGGUAUGGACUUGGAGAACCAGCAGUAUGAGAAGUGGAAGGCUUGGGCUCGGACAGAGGCCCAAAUGUUUGAACAACGGUCAGCUGCGCUCUCCGGGGCCCCGGAGCUCGCGCUUGAGCAGCAGGCCGAGCAGGAGGAGACUUUCAUCGAGCAGCCCGAGACUGUACCGGUCUAGAAGAAAACGUGAUCGGUUUUGAUCUCCAAGAGUCAUUACCCUGCUUUGCAUUGCUUGUCUGGGAAGGAGCUGGAUUGAAAUGCCAGACUUCCCGUGUUGAUGGUCAUGUAUAUUAUUUGAUUAGUUCUGCUGGACACUGUAUUCCCAUAGCCUUUUUUUUUAUAACAGAGAUUCACUUCUUGCCAUACU